UUUUUCUCCAACAAACUAACCUUCUUGUUAGUUUAUUUCAAAGAAAAAUGGGAAGUAAUGAAGAUAAGAAGAUGAAGAUUCUUUGUCUCCAUGGUUUCAGAACAAGUGGGAGUUUCUUAAACAAACAAAUCAGCAAAUGGGAUCCUUCUAUUUUUGCCAAUUUUCAUUUGGAAUUUCCAGAUGGUCUGUAUCCCGCUGGUGGCAAAUCAGACAUAGAGGGAUUCUUUCCACCUCCGUACUAUGAAUGGUUCCAGUUCAACAAGGAAUUUACAGAGUAUACUAACUUGGAAGAGUGCAUCUCAUACUUGUGUGAAUACAUCACCACUAAGGGACCUUUUGAUGGUCUCCUGGGCUUUUCUCAGGGAGCAACAUUGUCAGCUCUUCUAAUUGGAUACCAAUCACAGGGGAAGGUGUUGAAGGAUCAUCCACCUUUCAAAUUCUUCAUAUCAGUUUCUGGAUCGAAGUUCCGGAUUCCAAGCAUUUGUGAAGUUGCCUACAAAGAACCUAACAAGGUUAAAUCAGUUCACUUUAUUGGAGAAAAGGAUUGGUUAAAGCUUCCCUCUGAGGAUCUUGCUAAGGCUUUUCGGGAUCCUCUUAUUAUAAGGCACCCUCAAGGCCACACUGUCCCAAGACUAGAUGAGGCAGCAACUGAGCAGUUGCUUGAUUGGGUGAAAAAGCUGUUGGUCCAGACAAGUCAAAAUGGGGAAGCACGGAUGGAACAACAGAAGACAGAAGAGGCCUGUGAAGCUGCAAAAGAAGAUCAUAGUUUAAUGGAGAAGAUGAAGCAAAAAGAAGUGGAAGCUGUAGAACCCUUGAAUAUUUGAGCUCAGACUAUCAGGUUUCAUAAUAACGGUCAUGUAUUAUUGUAAGGUCGAUUGUCAGCUUCUUUUUUGUGUUUCACAAAGUUAUUUCACAGAUGCUGAAAACAAAUGCAUCUGAAAAAUAAAUCUCACAGGAGGAUAAGCAAUUCAUUUAAGAUACAACUAGCAUUUGGACCUCUCUACAA